CACUCUCUCUAUUUCACCGUUUAAUACUAAUUGUGUUUCUCUUUUUCAGAAAUCUUGACAUCAUCCCUUUCUUGCAUGCCACAUAUUGAAGGAAGAAAAUUCAAUUAAAGGACGAUUGCGUCGCCUCUUCACGAGCUCCGGGUGUAAUUAUUUCGUUUGAAGGACCGUUCUCGAGAAGAUCAUGUGAAGGCAGUUAGUCCUAAGUUGGUAAACCAUGGAGAAGCUAACUCCUGAGGAAACGCGAUGGCUUGUGGUUGGAAUUUGCAUUUUAAAGGUUCUUACACCUGCAAUUAGGAGUGUCAUUGGGAAAGAAAUACGUCAAUUGUAUCAGAAAAUGGUUCUUGAACCAACUAAAAUUCAUUUACAAACAUCCUCUUCUUAUCAUGAAAGAUUUCCACCUUCUACUGUGGACCUUGAAUAUAAGAACAUCAACAACAACGCAAAACAUCCAUCUGAUUGCAACUAUGAUCGCCGUGUUAAAGAUGAACUGUCAUUAGCUAAACUGUUUGUGACGCCAUCCUCGUCGGGUUUCACAGGUUUUGAUGAAACAAUGGAUUCAUCUGCAGCACUCUCGAUUUUAUGUGCAGCACCAAACUAUGUUUGUAAUGGAACUAGUGUUAUCGCAAGGGAUGUACGUAAAUUGGUUCGUAAUGAAUGGGGCCAUUGUAAGAUUGCAAUUUGGACUGAAGCUUAUUACCAGAAGUGUUUUCAGCUUAUGAAAAAACUGAUCUCAAAACUGAACCUUCCUGAAGCAUCGAAAAAAGAUUUUUUGAAAGACUUGCAAGAGUGGAGACAGAAAGGGAUCGAGAUGUGUGUCGGACAACAGAUCAGCAGUGAGGUGUUAAAGCUUCUUCACGAGGAAAUGGCAGCAUUAUGGACAUCUGUUGACGAAAAUAAAGAAUCCUGGGGAAAAAGCCACAAGGGACUAAGGGACAAUCUUAGCAAUUUGAAAGGGCGAGUCAAAGAACUUGAAGCGAAACAUGCUGAUUUGAAGAGAGGUCUAAACUUCGUUAAAGAAGAUUGCUUGAAACUGAAAAAAGAAGGAGUGAUUUUGUCACAAAAAAUCGACAGGCUGAAUUCAAGAGAGGAGACUGUCCCUCCGGACAUGUCUGCGAGCGGUAAUUAA